AUGCCGCCCAAGCGCAAAUCCGAGGACGCGGCAGUCGUCAACCCCAGUGACCUUACUCCAGCAAAACAGCCGCACAACAUCUCAUCGAGCAGUCCGGGGUCCGGUGAAGGCGCAUCCCAGGUCGCCGCAACCCCGCAGACAGGCGAGAAGAGAAAGCGCGGCCGUCCGCGCAAGUAUCCCGACGGCUCGACACCCAAACCCGCCUCUGAUGGACCGAAGCGAGGACGCGGCCGCCCUCGCAAGGUCGUCUCGGAGACACAGACUGGUACGACGCCCUCGCCUGGGCCUAAGAAAGGCCGCGGACGUCCUCGCAAGGAGCCAGGUUCCGCUACUCCUGCCGCUCCUAUCCCCAAGCCCAAGAAGAAGGAUGGCCGUGGGAGGCCGCGCAAAAACCCGCCGCCCAAUGGCACUGCUCAAUACACUGAGUCGCCCUUUGCUGAGCCCGAGUCUCGCUUGGAAAAGGGAGUUGAUGUGAAGUUUUCCAUUGACGAUCUGGCUGCUGCUAAAACACCAGAGCCCUGGGAUGAUGCUCAUGUGAACAUCCAAUGGUUUCAAUAUGACUCGGCUCACAAUUUGCCAGCACGAAACCUCAUGCGCGAUAUGAAGAAAGGAGACCACGCGUUCUUCUAUCACUCCAAUUGCAAGGUUCCCGGUGUAGUUGGAAUCAUGGAGAUUGUUCAGGAGCAUUCCGUUGAUGAAUCCGCUUUUGACCCCGCGCACCCAUACUAUGACUCCAAGGCCGACCGCGAUGACCCCAAGUGGGUGGUGGUGCAUGUCGAACACCGCCGCAAGCUCAAGAAUCAAGUCACGCUGAAUGACCUCAAGUCUCACGCCCACCCGGGCCAGCCACUCGAGAAUCUCCAAACGCUCAAGCAAACGCGGCUCAGCGUGUCCUCCGUAACCCCGGCGCAAUGGCGCUUCAUCCUGGGGUUGGCGGGCGAGGACCCACAAGAGGUGUCUCAAUCGCUAGCCGGCCAGGCUACCAAAGCGGAUUCAACCUCCCCCAGCAUCGAGAGCGAGGAGGAGUAG